CCGUCACCACCACCGGCGUGUAUCAACCGAGGAAAGUCAAGAUGGCGACCGAGGGUCAGUUCGAGUAUGAGUCGGUCCUCUGUGUCAAACCUGAAGUCAACGUUUACCGAAUCCCACCGAGAGCAUCCAACAGGGCUAUCAGGGCUGCUGAUUGGAAGCUGGAUGCUCCUGACUGGCAGGGACGCAUGCGUGUGACGGCCCGUGGCAAAGUGGCCUACGUAAAACUGGAAGACAAAAUCUCUGGGGAAUUAUUUGCCCAGGCUCCAAUAGAUGAGUAUCCUGGCAUUGCAGUGGAAACAGUCAGUGACUCAAGCCGUUACUUUGUGCUUCGCAUCCAAGAUGAAAGUGGCCGCAGUGCAUUCAUAGGCAUUGGGUUUGGAGACCGAGGCGAUGCCUUUGACUUCAAUGUAGCGCUUCAGGACCACUUCAAGUGGGUAAAACAGGAAAAUGAGUUCAUAAAACAGGCGCAGGCUCCAGACUCAACUCCUAAACUGGACCUGGGCUUCAAAGAAGGGCAGACUAUCACUCUCAAUAUUGGGCAAUCAAAAAAGAAGGACAGGACCCGUCCACAGAGUUCAGGUGGCUUUGGACUUCUUCCACCCCCUCCUGGAGGCAAGCUUGCCCCGCCUCCUUCUAGAUCUACCAAUCAUAACAUACAACCUUCUCCAGGAGGAAGUGAAACUGGUUGUUUGCUAGAUCUGGACUCCAGCAACUCCAACUCAGUGGCUCCAUCGAACCCCACCACCACCACCACCACCACCAACUCUGAUCUGUGGGGAGAUUUUGACUCUGUUUCUCCAAAGUGAGGACAGAACAAUUUUGUCUUUCUCCCUUUUAUCUUUAUGUGCUUUUUUGCUGUAUUUUUUGCAACUUUGUUUUCCUCAUUAAGAGGUCCUGUAUCUCCCUGCAAGGCAGGGUAGCCCACCCCACCAGUUUGUGUUAUUUUAGUUCAGGUUUUCAUUUAUCUGUUGAGAUAAGUUUGAAGUGAAUAGGCAAUCUGUAUCAGUCUUAAUUCUAAUCUUUAUUGUUAAAGUGAAUCUGCAUUCCUUUCUUUUAUUUGAAACCGUCUUUCCAUCCAUCUGCCAUUUUCUUCCAGUUUUGCAACGCUUCAUUUUUUAUUUCAUAAAAUGCAUCCUAGAGUAUACAUUACUGAAAUAUGAUAAAGGGAGACAUAUACAGACACAAUCUGCUGAUGAAACAAUAUUAAAUAUACUACUGAAUGGAAUCUAUGUACAGAGAAUAUUUAUUUUAAAUGUGUAUAUAUAGUGUGUAGUUUGUAAUUACUGUCGCUGGUGUUGUCACUUGUAUGUACCGUUACUUAUUUUUUUCCAAGCCCCCAGCAGGGGACUGACUAUAUGCACUGACUGAAGAUCUGAUCUGUCCAGGUAGUUAGUAAAGCAUAAAGUCCUCAUUUUAAACAGGGAUUGUUUUUAUAGUAGGGUUAUGACAUAGUGAAGUUUACCACUACUAUUUUACUUGAAAUAGGCUUGCUCAGCUCUAGAUGAUUAAUCAGGUAACUCUGUAACUGCUCUCUAGCACCGCCUAGUGGUUUCUUGAGAUGCUGCAGGAUCAUUUAGGGAGAAGAUGACAAAUUGAGUUGCAGCUGUUGAACAUAUUUCAUUGGGGAUGGGUCCUGGGAAGUGUUUGCAUUGUUUCAACUGUUGUAAAUCAGUGCAGACACAGGAAAGUCCUAAUGUUGGAUGUGGUAGAGUAGGGUGUAAGCAAAAGGAAAAGAGGCAGCAAGUGCUUUUAUCUUUGCCUCAAGAGGAAACGGAGAGGAUUUAGUCAAUGUUAUGUCAUCUUCGUUCAAGACAGCUGUUAAAUAUGUGACUCUGUGAGUCAUUUAGGUCAAACCCUCUCUCCUGCUCAAUGAAUAGGUCUGUGUUUCUGCCAAUCUGAGGAGGGCUUCAGUUCCCCCUCCCAUUUUUUUCUGUUAAGGUGAGCAGGACUGAGAUUGAAACAGCAUGUUGUACUGUACAAACACAUUCUAACUGUGAACCUAAAUUCCAUGUUCAAAUGUGACGUUUGGGUUUUCUGAUUCAGACAAAUGUAAUGUGGGACCAAGUUAGUCUGUGUUUGAUGCUUUAUUUUGUUGUGAUGUUGUGUACUGAGGGAUGGAUUGUGUUUCACUGAUACACAUGUUGUCACAGAUGUGCAGUGAUGAGUAGAGUGAUGAUGGGUAAGAAUGUUGGUGUCAGUGUUUGUUUACUGUCCAAGUUAUAUGCAUUUUCCCAGGUCUCACUUGUUAUUCAAACUGUAUAUGUGUAUUGGAUUGUACAUUGAAAUGAAUAUGCAAAGAAAAACAUAAAGAUAUCACUUGAUGAC